CGGCAGGUGCCCACGUGAUCUUGGUCAGCAGUCGAAUGGCUGUGGUGAGGUACCUGGGCUCCUGAAGGGCGGGCGGUUAGGUCGUAACCUUAGCUGACGCCGGACUCUCCCGCGCGGCCAGUCUCGGGAACAACGAGCCAGUUGAGGCGUUCACCGCUUACAGCACGGGUGCCCUACAGCACGGGUCUGCUCUUUCUGCCGCCUCUGCCUUCGUCGUCCCCACCUCUUUGCGGGUGAAGUCACCUUUGGGUUUCGAGAUCUUGGGGCCUGAGGUCCAAACUCGAGACGAACCCCCCCACCCAUCCCUCUUUCUCUUUCAUUCUCCGUCUCUUCCUUUGCACCACCGAAACACUUAGCCUUUGAGCUGGCCUGCUUACGGUGCCUUGAGGCCAAGUUCGAGGCGGUAAAGGUAACCGUGGGUAAAGCAGCCCCCCAGUGGACAAAGGCGGAGGCAAGAAUAGCGCAGGCCUAAGGCCGCAGGCGAUGAAAAUAGGCGGCUGAGGGGGUGAACAAGGGAAAAAAAAGAAAAAGAGUACUGCGGAUUUAGAAGGGCCCGGAAAGGACUUGUUGCACGAUGGAAGAAUCUGACUCGGAGAAAAAGAUGGAGAAAGAGAAUCCGGGGCCGAAAAUGGAUCCUCCCUUAGGGGAACCGGAAGGAUCGCUUGGGUGGGUGCUACCAAAUACAGCCAUGAAGAAAAAGGUCCUGCUGAUGGGUAAAAGUGGGUCUGGUAAGACCAGCAUGAGGUCUAUUAUAUUUGCAAAUUACAUUGCCAGAGACACACGUCGCCUUGGUGCAACAAUACUAGACCGUUUACAUAGUCUUCAAAUUAAUAGCAGUUUGAGCACCUACUCUCUCGUAGACUCUGUUGGAAAUACAAAGACAUUUGAUGUAGAACAUUCUCACGUUCGAUUUCUGGGAAACCUGGUAUUGAACCUGUGGGACUGUGGUGGACAGGACACCUUCAUGGAAAAUUAUUUCACUAGCCAACGAGACAACAUCUUCCGAAAUGUGGAGGUUCUGAUUUAUGUCUUUGAUGUGGAGAGCCGAGAACUGGAAAAGGACAUGCACUAUUACCAGUCAUGCCUGGAAGCCAUUCUGCAGAACUCUCCAGAUGCCAAAAUUUUUUGCUUGGUGCACAAAAUGGAUCUGGUACAGGAGGAUCAACGGGACCUGAUUUUUAAAGAGCGAGAAGAAGAUCUGAGGCGUUUGUCUCGCCCAUUGGAAUGUUCUUGUUUCCGAACAUCUAUCUGGGAUGAAACUCUUUAUAAGGCUUGGUCCAGCAUUGUUUAUCAACUGAUUCCCAAUGUUCAGCAGCUGGAAAUGAACUUAAGGAAUUUUGCUGAAAUUAUCGAGGCUGAUGAAGUGCUUCUCUUUGAGAGAGCUACUUUUCUGGUGAUUUCUCACUAUCAGUGUAAAGAGCAGCGUGAUGCUCACAGAUUUGAAAAAAUCAGCAACAUUAUUAAGCAGUUUAAGCUGAGCUGCAGCAAGCUGGCUGCCUCUUUCCAGAGCAUGGAAGUCAGGAACUCUAACUUUGCUGCUUUCAUUGACAUCUUUACAUCCAACACAUAUGUGAUGGUUGUGAUGUCUGAUCCAUCCAUUCCUUCCGCAGCUACUCUGAUCAACAUCCGCAAUGCCAGGAAACACUUUGAAAAGCUGGAAAGAGUGGAUGGACCAAAGCAGUGUCUUCUCAUGCACUAAACAUUGCCAAAUGUUGUUUCAGAAAAAAAAUAGAAAUACUGUUUAUUAAUUAAUCUUAAUGUUAUAUUCGUAUAUGUAGGCUCUGAAAUGUUGUUAUGCUUACCACUUCUGUAUUUCUUCCCUGCUCCCCAGUCUUGACAUUUAACCUUGAAUGCUAUUACUCAAAUAGCCAGUGGGGAAUUAGAAGAUGAGCUGUCCAUGAAGUUGGUGUGACAUAAAAGUAGGUGAUAUGUAAGUUUUCUGAUAACAAGGUUCUAAUAGUGUAAGUGUUCUGAUAACCUGGUUCCAAUAGUUGUGUAUGCCAAAGCCUUUCCCAACAUUGUCUCAUAUUCCUUAUAAGAUAGUAACCUAUAAGUUUGGUAUAUUACUGUUUUCUCAGCAUGCUUUAAAAAUAAUCCUUAACUUCAAUUGUAAAUAAACUUUUGCUGUUAGGGAUUUCAGUGUCUGUUUUUCUUUUCCUGGUUUCUUCAACUUUUCCCUAGAAAAGAGCAAGUGAAUUUCACAGUUAUCCUAGGGGAAGGGGACCUGCUGGUUGGAAAAUAGUACAAAUUAAAGUUAGAUGAGUAGGAUGGAGCCAGAUUAUAGCCUUAAAUCUAGGCAGAAGAAUUUAGAUAUAAUGCCAUAGGAAAUAGGAAACCAUUGUAGGCUUAUGAGGAGGGAAAUUAUGUGAAAGGAAUUUUGAAAGAAAAUUAACCUAGACUAUAUGGGCUGACUGAUGGCAGUUGGGGAAGAUGUGGGAGUAAUCCAGGCCUGAGGUAUGUUGAAAGUCUGUUCCAGGAUGCAACUGGAGAAGGAAUAGGGAGGGAAAAAUAGAUAGAAUUUAUGAAAUGUAGGUCUUUCUUUGAGGUCUGAGAAUGGUUAAUUUUAUAUAUUCCAUAACACCUAAUGGGAUCUGCCUUCAUUGUGCUAGUCACGUAGUAUUAAAACUUUUUUCAAGCUGGAAAUUGUAUUUGACUUUAUCCCCUAAGGAAAAGAUGAAGCAUUGUGAACUGGGAGAAAUGGAACUUGACAACACUAACUAGAAUUACUCAAAGCCUUGACUUUUUCAGUUUCCACAGAUAGGAUAAUAGAACACAAAAGCAUUUAGGGAAUCUACAGUACAGUAAACUCAUCUCAUUUUUCAUGUCUCUAUGUCAUGAGAAGACUUCCUCCAGACCAUCAGAACCUUACCUUCCCCCAUCUUAUGGCCUCCAGUUGAGAGAGAGAUUUUUCACUGAGCGGCAAAGAACAUGUUGUUUUUUAGGUCGCCUACAUUAUGUAGAUUAAAAAUCUCAAGUCUUUAAAGAAACUCUUGGGACUAAUUUUAUCAACAGUUGUAUUAAUCUGCUGCAGAAGGAGACUUGUUUUUAAAUUAU